AGCGGUGGCGGCGGUGCUAGGGUCCUGUGGCGCGGACAGCUCGGCACCGCGGGCGGCAGGUGAUUUUAACCAGCGCUGAUGUGCCCAGCAGCAUGUGUGUGCAUGUUCAGUGUCUUUCCAGGCAUCUCCUCUGUCCUUUUCAAUAGAAGAGAUGUUUGAAACAAUUUCAUCCCAGUGAUUAAAAAAAAAAAAUAAAAAAUGGAGGAGAUACCAAGACAGACGUCCCACUCAGAACAGAGUUCACAGUGGUGCGAGAUACAGAAUAUCAGCAUCAAACAGUUUGAAACAGGCUGGGAAUGGAGUGCAUAGUUUGGAUACCAGCAGUGGGACAACUAACCAGAACACAGCAUCCAUGGGACCAUUGUUAAUCAAUGACUUCUAAGUGCAGGAUUGGUGCUGUUGGAUUGGAAACAGGUGCUACAAGAUGCCAGGUGAGGUGACUGAGAGCAGCAGUAGGAUGGAGGAGACUGUGCAGAAGGACAUCAAGUCCGGAGGCCAGAGCCCUCGCUGUGGCACAAUGAGAAGGGCUGUGGCAACCACUGUGACCUUUGAUGGGGAGGCCACUAUGGACCGGAGGAAAAAGAAGAAGAAAGAGUCCCGUCCCGAGUCAAUAAUAGUGUAUCGGUCUGAAAAUGACAAUAAGGUGGAAGAAGAACAGGUGGAUGAAGAAGGAGGGGAGAGGAGCUCUGAGGAAGGCUCCAAGUUCCUGGGUCAGUCUAUGACAGAUGGUGUCUGGAACAUGCCUUUAGACAGCCGAUAUGUCACCUUGACUGGAACAAUCACCAGGGGAAAGAAGAAGGGUCAGAUGGUGGAUAUCCACGUCACACUAACGGAUAAAGAGCUGCAGGAACUGGCUAAGUCAAAGGAACCUCCUAAAGAAGAUGUACCUGAGAAGAAGAAGAAGUGUGAUAUUGGGUUAGACAGAGGGCCCCACAUCGUCCUCUGGACCAUCAUUUGCCUCCCCAUCAUUUUUGUAGUGUCCUUCGUGGUUUCAUUCUACUAUGGAACCAUUACAUGGCCUGUAUUCAGCUGUAGCCCAGGUAGCAUGGUCCUUUGGGUACUGGUGGCACGCUGUCAGGGAUAUGGAGAAAGGAUUCUGUGGCUGGCUCUGCAGCAAGCUGGGCUUGGAAGAUUGUUCUCCGUACAGCAUUGUCGAGCUGCUUGAUUCUGACAAUAUCUCAGGUUGAGCUCAAGACUACACUGACUGUCCUGGUUAGAACAUCUGGGAACUGGUGAUGUAUAAACAAGUCCAUCUGAUCCUCUAGUCCAGACACUGAGAAAUAAGUAGUAUCUGCUGCAUCCUUGAUCCCUGGGAGGUCAAAGGAGCCUCUUAGCAUUGGCUGAAGGCUUAACAGUGAAUAACGCACAAACAAAAUACCAAGAGCAGUCUUGGCCCCACACUUAACUGAGAAAGCAGUGGUGCUCCCUGGGCACAGGUAGAGCCAGGCUGUGUUUGUUGCUUCCUACUUUCAUUUUUUACUGGUGAGGUCUUUCAAAGCAAUUACCAACUUCCAGAAAAAAAAAAAAAAAUAGACCCCAACGUGUGAGACAAUGUCAGGUAGUUUAGUGGGCUUUAAAGGGCUGACAUAUGCCUGGGACUGGUUCAAGCAGUGGAAUGCCUUUCACAGGCCUGUUUGAAUCAGGCAGGGUGAUUUGCCUCUGAAUUAAUGGAGAUGCUGAGGAUGAGCCAUGCCAGAGCUGGCAGUCUGUAGUGACCUAGUGCAGCCACUCUGCUUAAUAACUGCUCCACAUGGCAAUUGCAGGUUCCCACAUGGCUAGAGGGUGGGAAUAAGUGAUGCUUAACAAGCAUUAAGGAAAAGGAAGGUCCACUGGCAAGUGUUCUCACGCUUUGCCUAAAGGGACACUGCUGGCAUGACAGGGAUGGAUUGUGUAUCUUGGCUCUAACAUGCAGCAGACAAGUUUGGGGAAAGGAUGGCUGGCAAGUGUGCAUUGCUGCAGAGGGAGAAAACCCAAUUCAGCUGUCACUGCCAAACAGCAGCUGUUCAAGACUAGACCAAAGGCUGGGGUCAGUAGCACAAAGAGCCUUCAGCUUACAGAGAGCUUCAAUGAUAAAUACCAGCUCAUUACAGAAUACAUCUGUGUAAAAUGUCUGCUGAGCUGCAGGAUUUGCUUUCAUGAUUGCUAAUAGCCGGCUGUAGUGGAGACAAAACCAAAUCUGUGCCUCUUACUGCUACGAAGACACAAAGGAGUGUCAGAGGAGUCACAGUACCCUCCCUCUGCAGUGGCAGGUGUGCUUCUGGGUUUGGAGGUCACAUUUUGGAGAAUAUUCUGGGACAAUCCAUCCUGUGUUUUCUACUUCUUUACACUUAACUAAGCUUGCAUUGGCUCCUGCUAAAUUCAAGGUGUUCUGUCAUUGAUUUUGGUGGGUGCUAUUUUAAGCUUGGGAUUAGUUCUGGUGCUUGGGAUUAGUUCUGGUGCUAUUUGUAAAAGUUUAAUUCAGACUUUUCUCUAAACAACUGCCCAUUACCUUCUGUAGCAAUUUCUCUGUUGCAAAAUAUAUAAUCAUUAUCAAUUGUUGUAAAAGAAAAAAAGCACAAGUUUUUGUCUUGUUCUACCCCGCUUGCAGAAACUCCCAAGUAACUUCUGCUUAUGUGCCACUGUCAGAAUGCAAGGAAUUCCAGUUACUCUGAUUGUUGAGUGUGUUUCUGGCUGCUCUAGUCUGGAUGUUUUUUAGGUAAAGGUACUGUUUGCUGAUUGUUAUUUUUAAUUGCAUUCCCUUUUCCCAUCCUUGCUGGCCUGGGUGGAGAAUAAAGAUAUAUGUGGCUUUA